AUGAAGUCUAUUCAAGUUACCCUUCAGGAAUUGAGUGAAUGUAGUCGUUCUCAUAUACCUACGAAAGAGACGAAGAAAAAGGUUACACCUUCACCUACAGCUUCGGAAAAAGAUGAUUUGGAAGAUGACGAGUCGGAAGAAGAAGAAGAAGAAGAAGAGGAAGAAGAUAAGGAUGAAAAGGAGGAAAGUGAGCUUCCUAAAGGUCCUACAACAACUAAACCUCAUGGCAGGCUGAAGAAAACUGAUGUUGAGGGAAACGUCAAUGGAAAGUCUGGAAGUUUCUUCGCUAAAGGAGAUGGAAGGAGCAAAGAGAAAGGAAAGUCAAGUGACAAGGAAGGUUUGUCUUGUACCCAUUGCAAACAAACAUGGCAUGUUGUUGACAAGUGUUGGAUAAAGUAUCCUAAUCUAAAACCAAAAGGGUUGCAGAAGAAAGAAGCCAUGAUGGCAACACUAGUCGCACAAGAUCCAAAAGAAGUCCAAGAACUAACAGAACCUAAUCAAAAGCUCUCUCUAAUGGCAGGAGGCAUAAAAUAA